CUCUCCACAAUAUUAAUCAUUAUUUAUUACUCACAAAAAGCAGUCCUAUAAAAAAAAAAAGAAGAAAAAGCUCCCAUUUUUGUGGCCUAACUAAACUAAACUAAACUAUGGCUGAGAGUGAUUUGGCUCUUAUCGGAGCAUGGCAGAGCCCCUUUGUGCUGAGGGCUCGGGUGGCUCUGAACAUCAAGAACUUGCAGUACGUGUUUCAUGAAGAGACGUUUGGGAACAAGAGCGAGCUUCUUCUCAAGUCGAACCCGGUCCACAAGAAAAUCCCAGUUCUCCUUCAUUCUGGGAAAUCCAUCUGUGAAUCUCUCAUCAUUGUCGAGUACAUCGAUGAGGUUUGGUCCUCUUCCGGUCACGCCAUUCUCCCUUCUGAUCCUUAUGGCCGAGCCAUUGCUCGCUUCUGGGCUGCCUACAUUGAUGAGAAGUUUUUCCCAUCCUUGAGAAGCAUUGCGGUGGUACAAGACGAGGCAGGAAAGAAAGCGGCUGUGGAGCAGGUCAUAACGGGAAUAUCACUCUUGGAGAAAGCCUUUGGUGAAUCAAGCAAAGGAAAGCCUUUCUUUGGUGGGGACCACAUUGGGUACCUUGACAUUGCAUUUGGGGGCAUGUUGGGCUGGAUCAAGGUCACGGAGACAAUAGCUGGGCUCAAGCUGAUUGACCCAGAAACGACACCCCAGUUGGCCCAAUGGGCCGAGAAGUUCAUUCACGACCCUGCUGUGAGUGGUGUUUUCCCUGACAUUGGGACGCUCACCGAGUAUUCUAAAGUUGUCAUCGCCAAGCUCAGGGGAUCAGCGGGUGCUAAAUAGAUUGAUUUGUCGGGUGUUUUUCAAUCUAAAAGUGGUUUAUGCGAAAAAAAAUUUGGUUGUGUGAUUGUGGUUGAGGAAUAAAUUUGACUAUUUGAGUUGCAUUGCGUUUUGUCGUUUACGAUAGAUUUCUUGUGUUUUGCUAUGUAUGUUUGGUAAGGAGGAUGAAAAAAAGGAAAAAAAGAAGGAUGGAUUACUUGUCUAA